UCUCUCUUUUUGUUUCUUGAAAUGGCAAGUUUUGCACCUACUCCAUUGUUGAAAGAUGAACUAGACAUCGUGAUACCCACGAUUCGAAACCUAGAUUUUCUUGAAAUGUGGAGACCAUUCUUACAGCCCUACCAUUUGAUCAUUGUCCAAGAUGGAGAUCCGACCAAGGUGAUUAAGGUUCCAGAAGGGUACGAUUAUGAGCUCUACAAUCGAAAUGACAUUAACCGGAUUCUGGGUCCUAAGGCUUCUUGUAUUUCCUUUAAGGAUUCUGCUUGUCGUUGUUUUGGUUAUAUGGUCUCCAAGAAGAAGUAUAUCUUCACUAUCGACGACGAUUGCUUCGUUGCUAAAGAUCCAUCCGGCAAAUAUAUCAAUGCAUUGGAGCAACAUAUUAAGAACAUACUAUCUCCGUCAACUCCACUAUUUUUCAACACCCUUUAUGAUCCAUUUAGAGACGGUGCUGAUUUUGUUCGCGGAUAUCCGUUCAGCCUUCGCGAAGGCGUUCCAACCGCCGUUUCUCACGGUCUAUGGCUAAAUAUUCCCGACUAUGAUGCUCCUACUCAACUCGUCAAGCCUCUUGAAAGGAACACGAGGUAUGUGGAUGCUGUUUUGACAAUUCCAAAAGGUACCCUAUUCCCCAUGUGUGGAAUGAAUUUGACAUUUGAUCGUGAUCUCAUCGGCCCUGCCAUGUACUUUGGACUCAUGGGCGAUGGUCAGCCCAUUGGUCGGUACGAUGACAUGUGGGCUGGAUGGUGCAUCAAGGUAAUAUGCGACCAUUUAGGGUUGGGAGUAAAGACGGGGCUGCCAUAUAUAUGGCAUAGCAAAGCGAGCAAUCCGUUUGUGAACCUACGGAAGGAAUACAAAGGUAUCUUUUGGCAGGAAGACAUUAUUCCCUUCUUUCAAGCGAUUAAUCUUCCGAAAGAAUGCACAACCGUUCAACAAUGUUAUAUUGAGCUUUCGAAACAUGUUCGAGAGAAGCUGGGGAAAGUUGACGAUUACUUUGUUAAGUUAGCCGAUGCAAUGCUCACUUGGAUUCAGGCUUGGGACGAGCUUAACCCGUCGUCUAAGGUUGCUAUUUCCUCAAAGCUGACGAAUGGCGCUUCUAAAUAA